AUGGCGUUGCGCCCUGGCCGCAGUUACCCCGGCUUUCUCAGGCAGAAGCUCCCGUCCUGGCAGUGGGGCAAAGCCCUCGCAGAGGCCGCUCCGCCGCCCGCCGGGGUUUCGCUCCCCGCGGGGCCGCUUGGUGUCACCCGCGCUCCGCGGCCAGGCCGAGCCCUCCCCCGGCACUGCCCGCAGGCGCGCCGCCGCUCUGCGCAUGCGUCCCCGGCGCGGGCCGCGGGCGGUUGCCAUGGUUACCGCGACCCGGAAGUGCCGCCGGGGGGCGAUGGCCGCCCCCAGGCCCGGGCCGGCAGCCUCGGCCCGAGGGGGCCUCCGCGGCCCCGCCGCCCCGUGAGGCCUCCCCUCUCCUCUCCCACCAUGGCCCUGGGGGCCGGCGAGGCGGCCGCGGAGGGGGAGCUGGGAGAUGAGAGCCUGUCUGUGAUAACCUGUGAGUCAGACACAGCCAUGAAGUUAAAGAAAAAGAUUUUUCACAAGCCUCCAAAGUCACCAAAGUCUCCCUACAGCUCAAGCACACAACUGUAUCCUAAAAAAGCUGCAGCUUGGAGAUCUCUGCAGGGAACAGGCAGUGCUUGCUUUGAGAAUGCAGCUGUUGAAAACCCAAGGCACAUGUGGGUGGGAUUUCUGAAGCAAGGAACGAGCCAUGCUCUGAAAUCAGAUGUUGACACGGGGCAUAUGCGAGGAAAUGUUUCCAGUAGCACUCCAGAAUAUUUGAAGGAGGCUCUAGGAAUGAAAAAACCAAAACAUGCUCGUUCUCCCAGUAAUGGCUACAUUCCUGGAACUCCUGACUACAAAGAGAAAGAAGAUAUGUAUGAUGAAAUUAUAGAACUGAAAAAGACAAUACAAGCUCAGAAGAAUGAGGGAGACAGAAUGAAGACAAAGCUCCGUCGACUGGAAGAGGAGAACAAUAGAAAGGAUAAACAGAUUGAACAACUGCUGGAUCCUUCCAGGGGCUCUGAGCUGGCUCGAGCUUGGUCAGAAAAGAAGACUGAUAAUGGACAGGUGGCUACUGGAUUAAAGCAGAAGAUUGUCAAGCUUGAAGAGCAGUGCAAGGAGAAAGACAACACAAUUAAUGAAUUCCAAGAAGACGUGAAAACCAGUAGUUUGGAAGAAGUGAGGUUAGCCAUGGAAACCUACUAUGAAGAGGUUCAUCGCCUCCAGCUCCUCCUGGCCAAGUCUGAGACUAUAAGGAAAAAUGCAGAGGGCAGAGACACCCAGAAAAGGCUGAAGGCCCUGAAUGCUGCUGUGCUGAGGCUGUCCAGGAACAUCAGGGACAUGCAGGCUGAGAAUCGCAGGCUGAAGGAGGACCUGGAUCAUGUGCUGAACGCUUCCACUCCUCACAGUAAAACAAAAAAUUAUAGUGAGUGGAGCAGACAGAGGCUGGUGAGGAAGAUUUUGGAUCUAGAAAAAGUAAGUGGUCAUAGCUAAGUGGCUUUCUUACCU